AUAAUUUUGACAUUUGAUUUAAGCAGAAAAAAUCAGCAGGAAGAAUUGCAAAAAAUUUUAAUUUUUAACAAAUAAUUGGCUUUUUAUUAUUAACAAAAAAAUUUGUACAAAAUGCCUGUCGUCGCUAUUAAAACUGAAGAAGAAUACAAACAAAUUAUCAGUGCCGAUAAAACCUCUGUUGUCUUAUUUUCUGCCGACUGGGCUGAACAAUGCAAACAGGUUCAAGAUGUUUUGGAAGAUUUAACAAAAUUGUUAGCUGAUAAAUUGGCAUUCGUUAAAAUAACUGCUGAGGAUUUUCCCGAAAUUGCCAUGAAACAUCAGAUUGAUGCUGUUCCCACAGUCAUAAUCUUUGCCAAAGGUACAGCUAUCGAUCGUGUAGAUGGCGUAGACAUUGCCAAUCUAACCGCUAAAUGUAAAAAGUUGGGAGCUGCUGCAGUUAGUGAACAACCCUUGGAGGAACGUUUAAAGGCACUCAUUAACAAAUCGCCCUUAAUGAUAUUCAUGAAAGGUGAUCGUCAAGCACCAAGAUGUGGUUUCUCCAAACAAUUAAUAGCCAUAGUCAAUGAAUUGGGACUUCCUUACGAAACAUUCGAUAUUUUAUCUGACGAAGAGGUGCGUCAAGGUUUAAAAACCUUUUCCGACUGGCCCACAUAUCCUCAGGUCUAUGUUAAGGGUGAACUUGUUGGUGGUUUGGAUAUAAUUAAAGAACUUAAAGCCAACAAUGAGUUGGAGCAAACUUUAAAAGGUGAAUAAAGUUUUAUAAACAAUUUAAUUUAUAAAAACAUAUUUCGUAUUUUUUUUAUAUAUAAAUGAGUAUACACACACACAAGCAAA